CAUAUUCUCAUUUAUUUACCGUUCAGACGAUAAGUCUCGAUUCUCCCGUAUCAUAUUCUUUGGUUCAUUCCGACUCCCUGACUUUCUUCUUCAAAAUUUCCGAUUACAAUUAUUUUAAGUUCAUCUAAAUCGUAAAUUAUGGCCAGCCAGACGCAAGGUAUUCAACAGUUGCUAGCAGCUGAAAAGAGGGCUGCAGAAAAGGUGGCCGAAGCCAAGAAACGCAAAGCAAGGCGUUUAAAGCAAGCUAAAGAAGAAGCUCAAGAUGAAAUUGAAAAAUAUAGACAAGAAAGAGAAAAACAAUUUAAAGAAUUUGAAAUUAAGCAUAUGGGUUCUCGGGAAGAUGUUGCAGCUAAGAUAGAUGCUGACACUAAGGUAAAGAUUGAAGAGAUGAAUAAGGCUGUAGUUGUCAAUAAACAGGCUGUCAUUGAGAAAAUUCUUGAACUUGUGUAUGACAUUAAGCCCGAGCUGCACAAAAACUUCAAAGCUACUGCCAAUAAAGAAUGAUGUGUUUCUAAUAGUAUUUUUCUUUUAUUUUUUUUUAAAUUCCAUCAAAGAAAUUUAA